GUCAGCGGCGGCGGCGGUGGCGGCGACCGUCAGUGUGCGCGGAGGAGAAGCACGAAACGGACCCGUUGGCCGUCUCCCCGCCUCCCUUUCCCCGCCCUGCACCCCCCUCCGGACUCGCGGGGAAGCAGUCGCCGCCGCCGGAGUCGCCCCCCGCCUCGCCGCCGCCGCCGCCGCCGCCGCCGCCGUUCCUCCUCCGUGCUCGGCCCGGUGCGAGUCUCUGCCCUCGAGAGGAGGAGGAGGAGGAGGAGGAGGAGGAGAGGAGGAGGAGGAGGAGAGGAGGCAGCGGCAGCCGCCCUCGCCUCGCCGCCCCCGGUUCGGUGCCCGCGGUCCCGGAGAGGAGGUGCCGCCGCCACCGCCGCUCCCCCCCUCCCGCCGCCCUCGGGCCGGGCUGGGUCGAGCUGCGAUGCCCUCGGACUUCAUCUCAUUGCUCAGCGCGGACCUAGACCUGGAGUCGCCCAAGUCGCUGUACUCGAGAGAUUCUCUGAAGUUACACCCAUCACAGAAUUUUCAUAGAGCUGGACUAUUGGAAGAAUCUGUCUAUGAUCUUCUCCCAAAGGAGUUACAGUUACCUCCAUCUCGAGAAACAUCUGUAGCAUCAAUGAGUCAGACAAGCGGUGGUGAGGCAGGCUCCCCGCCUCCAGCUGUAGUUGCUGCUGAUGCUUCUUCAGCUCCCUCCUCUUCCUCCAUGGGCGGUGCUUGCAGCUCCUUUACCACCUCUUCCAGCCCUACCAUUUAUUCUACCUCAGUCACCGACAGCAAGGCUAUGCAAGUGGAGAGCUGCUCCUCAGCCUUGGGGGUAAGUAACAGAGGGGUAAGUGACAAGCAGUUAACCAGUAACACAGUUCAGCAGCAUCCAUCAACACCGAAGAGGCACACAGUCUUGUACAUCUCACCACCACCUGAGGACUUGCUGGAUAACAGUCGGAUGUCCUGCCAGGAUGAGGGGUGUGGAUUGGAAUCUGAGCAGAGCUGCAGUAUGUGGAUGGAGGAUUCCCCCUCCAACUUCAGUAACAUGAGCACCAGUUCCUACAAUGAUAACACUGAGGUACCUCGUAAAUCACGAAAACGAAAUCCAAAGCAGAGGCCGGGGGUCAAACGACGAGAUUGUGAAGAAUCUAAUAUGGAUAUAUUUGAUGCCGACAGUGCCAAAGCACCUCACUAUGUGCUUUCUCAGCUUACCACGGACAACAAAGGCAACUCAAAAGCAGGAAAUGGAACAUUAGAAAACCAAAAAGGAACUGGAGCAAAGAAGAGCCCUAUGUUGUGUGGACAGUAUCCUGUUAAAAGCGAGGGGAAGGAGCUGAAGAUUGUUGUGCAGCCCGAGACCCAGCACCGAGCUCGGUACCUGACUGAGGGUAGCCGUGGUUCUGUGAAGGAUAGAACACAGCAAGGUUUUCCUACAGUGAAGCUGGAAGGCCAUAAUGAACCAGUGGUGCUGCAAGUGUUUGUGGGCAAUGACUCUGGUCGAGUGAAACCCCACGGAUUUUAUCAGGCCUGCAGAGUAACCGGGCGAAAUACAACCCCCUGCAAAGAAGUUGACAUUGAAGGCACUACUGUCAUUGAAGUCGGCCUCGAUCCAAGCAACAACAUGACUCUGGCGGUGGACUGCGUAGGAAUCUUGAAAUUAAGGAAUGCUGAUGUCGAAGCAAGAAUAGGAAUUGCUGGUUCCAAGAAAAAAAGCACUCGUGCCAGAUUGGUUUUCCGAGUUAAUAUCACAAGAAAAGAUGGCUCCACUUUGACCCUGCAAACACCAUCUUCUCCAAUUUUGUGUACUCAGCCAGCAGGAGUGCCAGAAAUCCUAAAGAAAAGCUUGCAUAGCUGCUCAGUGAAAGGAGAAGAAGAAGUAUUUUUAAUUGGCAAAAAUUUUCUAAAAGGAACUAAAGUUAUUUUUCAAGAGAAUGUUUCUGAUGAAAACUCUUGGAAGUCGGAAGCUGAAAUCGACAUGGAAUUAUUUCAUCAGAAUCAUCUGAUUGUGAAGGUUCCUCCAUAUCAUGACCAACAUAUAACUUUACCUGUAUCGGUGGGAAUAUAUGUAGUGACCAAUGCUGGAAGAUCUCAUGAUGUUCAGCCAUUUACUUACACUCCAGACCCAGCAGCAGCUGGUGCUUUGAAUGUAAAUGUGAAGAAGGAAAUUUCUAGUCCUGCAAGGCCUUGCUCUUUUGAAGAGGCCAUGAAAGCAAUGAAAACUACUGGAUGUAACUUGGAUAAGGUAACUAUCCUUCCUAACACUCUGAUCACUCCACUCAUAUCAAGCAGCAUGAUUAAGAGUGAAGAUGUUACUCCAAUGGAAGUAACAGCGGAAAAAAGAUCUUCCUCUAUUUUUAAGACUACAAAAACAGUUGGAUCAACUCAACAAACAUUAGAAAAUAUUUCGAACAUACCAGGAAGUGGAUCUUUUUCAUCACCGUCUUCCCACUUACCUUCUGAGAAUGAAAAGCAGCAACAGAUUCCGCCCAAGGCGUACAACCCAGAGACCCUGACAACUAUCCAGACACAGGACAUUUCACAGCCUGGGGCCUUCUCAACAGUUCCUGCUUCAAGCAGUGAAGCGUUACUCCAGCAGGCUACACAGUUCCAGACCCGAGAAACUCAGUCUCGAGAGGUAUUACAGUCCGAUGGGACCGUUGUUAACUUGUCUCACCUGACUGAAGCGCAGCAGCAGCAGCAGCAGUCACCACUCCAAGAGCAAGCACAAACUUUACAGCAGCAGAUUUCGUCAAAUAUUUUCCCGCCCCCAAGUAGCGUGAGUCAGUUACAGAAUACAAUUCAGCAUUUGCAAGCAGGAAAUUUCUCGGGCAGUACUACUGGUGGCAGCAGCGGAAACGUCGACUUGGUCCAGCAAGUUUUAGAGGCACAGCAACAGUUAUCUUCAGUUUUAUUUUCUGCUGCAGAUGGUAAUGAAAAUGUUCAAGAACAGCUUAGUGCAGACAUUUUUCAGCAAGUCAGUCAGAUCCAAAAUAGUGUAAGCCCUGGAAUGUUUCCCUCCACGGAGCCACCGGUCCAUACCAGACCAGACAAUUUAAUAGCUGCAAGAGCUGAGAGUGUUCACUCACAGACUGAAAACACGUUAUCGAAUCAACAGCAGCAGCAGCAGCAACAGCAAGUGAUGGAGUCUUCUGCUGCAAUGGUGAUGGAGAUGCAGCAGAGUAUCUGCCAGGCCGCUGCCCAGAUUCAGUCAGAGUUAUUCCCUUCCACUGCUCCAGCGAACGGAAACCUUCAGCAGUCUCCAGUGUACCAACAGACUUCUCACAUAAUGAGUGCGUUACCUUCCAGUGAGGACAUGCAAAUGCAGUGUGAAUUGUUUUCUUCUCCUCCUGCAGUUUCUGGAAAUGAAACAGCUACAACCACCACACAGCAGGUUGCAACCCCCGGCACUGCCCUGUUCCAGACAUCAAGUUCAGGAGAUGGAGAAGAAACUGCAGCGCAAGCGAAACAGAUUCAGAGCAGUGUCUUUCAGACCAUGGUUCAGAUGCAGCACGGUGGGGAUAGUCAGUCUCAAGUUAACCUUUUUCCAACUCCAAAAAGUAUGAUGAGUGUUCAGAAUAGUGGUACCCAGCAACAAGGCAAUGGUUUAUUCCCUCAGAGUAAUGAGAUGAUCUCACUCCAACCUGGCAAUUUUUUGCAGCAGUCUUCUCAUUCACAGGCUCAACUUUUUCAUUCUCAGAACCCUAUUGCUGAUGCUCAGAAUCUUUCCCAGGAAACACAAGGUUCUAUUUUUCACAGUCCUAGUCCUAUUGUCCACAGCCAGGCUUCUACAACCUCCUCGGAACAAAUGCAACCUCCACUGUUCCAUUCCCAAAGUACCAUGGCCGUGCUCCAGGGCUCUUCUGUUCCUCAAGACCAGCCAUCCGCCAAUAUAUUUCUUUCCCAGAAUCCGAUGAAUAAUCUUCAGACUAACACAGUCGCCCAGGAAGAGCAGAUCUCGUUUUUCGCGGCUCAGAACUCAAUAUCUCCCCUGCAGUCAACUUCCAACCCUGAGCCACAAGCGGCUUUCCAACAGCAGGCUCCCAUCUCACACAUCCAGACGCCAAUGCUCCCGCAGGAGCAGGCUCAGUCCUCGCCCCAAGGUCUGUUCCAGCCUCAGGUGUCCCUGGGCUCCCUUCCUCCGAACCAAAUGCCUCAGAACCAACAAGGAACCAUCUUCCAGCCGCAGCACUCAAUAGUUGCCAUCCAGAGUAGCUCUCCAUCCCAGGAGCCGCAGCCGCAGCCGCAGCCACAGCAGCAGCCGCAACAGCAGCCGCAGCCGCAGCAGCCACAGGGCAUGUUAUUCAGUAGUCAGAAUACCAUGGCCACCAUGGCGUCUCAGAAGCAGCCCUCGCCAAACAUGAUGUUCAACCCAGGUCAGAAUCCAAUGGCUAAUCAGGAGCAACAGAAUCCAUCAAUUUUUCACCAACAAAAUAAUAUGGCCCCCAUGAAUCAGGAGCAGCAGCCUAUGCAAUUUCAGAACCAGCCCACCGUGUCCACGCUCCCGAACCCAGGUCCUCCCCAGUCUGAAUCAUCACAGAGCACCUUGUUCCACAGCUCUCCUCAGAUUCAGUUGGUCCAAGGCUCACCCAGUUCUCAAGAGCAACAAGUAACACUCUUCCUCUCUCCAGCAUCCAUGUCUGCAUUGCAGACCAGUAUAAACCAACAAGACAUGCAACAGUCUCCCCUUUAUUCUCCUCAGAACAACAUGCCUGGCAUUCAAGGAGCCACAUCUUCACCUCAGCCACAACCUGCUUUAUUUCAUAACACUACAGGAGGCACCAUGAACCAACUACAGAAUUCUUCUGGGUCAUCUCAACAGACUUCAGGAAUGUUCUUAUUUGGCAUUCAAAAUAACUGUAGUCAACUUUUGUCUUCUGGACCAGCCACAUUGCCAGAUCAAUUGAUGGCCAUAAGUCAGCCAGGUCAGCCACAAAGUGAGGGCCAGCCACCAGUGACAACACUUCUUUCUCAGCAAAUGUCAGAGAAUUCUCCAAUGGCAUCUUCCAUAAACACCAACCAGAACAUGGAAAAGAUUGAUUUGCUUGUUUCAUUGCAAAACCAAGGGAACAACCUGACUGGCUCUUUUUAACUCGAGUUAAAUACCUUGAAGAAAAUUGAUUCCAGGAAUGCCCUGAGAUCUUGUGGUUCCAUGACAAUUAUUGAACUGUUACUUUAAAAACAACAAAAUACAAAGAACUGUGAUCGAGUAAAUGGAUAGAUUUUACCCUGACUGCAAAAGAGCACAUCUAUGCUACCUGUUGCAGUGAUUAGCCACCGUUAACGUCUUCAUAUUUUAUUUCUAAUAACAGUGAUGACUGAGAAUCUAUUGUGUUUUCCAGCUGACAGAGUUCAUUGUUGGUAUUUUCCUAGGCACUGUUUCUUUAAAAUAAGCAUAGUUGAAAGCUUGAAAGCUGGAGGACUCAGUUAUAAUUGCUAUUAGAAAAUAAUUCAUGUUUACUUUUGUUAUUCAUUAUUUUCCUGCAUUGUUUUAGUCAAGUAAUGGCUUUUGAAAAAGUAAGAUUAAAAUCAAACCAAGGCUGUGCUUUUUCAGUAUAAAAAACACAACUACUGGCCAAAGUGAAGAAAUCUUUUCUUCAGUUGGCCAAAGUGAAGGAAUCUUUCUUUUUCAGUUUUUAUAGAGAAACUGAAAAAUUAUUACUCUGACAAAUAAGCUGUAUUAAGAGCUCUCCACAAAUAAGAGGCCUCUUUACCUAACACACAAACUGGGGACAGCUGGAAUGCUUUUGAUUUUAUUUUUUCAGAGAGUUGUUAAUUCUCUGUGUUUCUAUUAAAGGGUUUUAGCCAUAACUGUGCUUAAAAAAGUAAUUAACUUGCUCUGUAAAAAAGCAAAGGGGAGACUUUAUGGUAAAUUAUGUUCUGACAUCCUCCUAUAAUAGUUUUAACUAACAGUAAUUUGACUCUGUUUUUCUUAACCCAGUCUUAGACCUAUGUUCCCUUUUUAUAUUUAUAUUAUCCUUCCCCUAUUUCUCACUUUCUUUUAAAUGAUUAGUAAUAUACUGCUAGCUUUGUGACCCUGUAGCAGCUAAGGAAAAGGCCACUUUGAUCUGAGGUAACCCAGUAACUAGCUCCUGCAGCACAGGCAAAGGAGAAGGGUUAUCUUCAGUUUUGAGAAACAAGAAACAAUGCAUUUUAUUUUUUCACGAACGGUGCUGUUCUGAAGUCUUCGAUUUUUCCCCCCUCUAAUAGGAACCAGUAUAAAUUUUAUUUUUUAAAAAAAGCAAACUAAAGUUUCUUGAAAUAUCACUUCUCCCUGAGCGGUAGUGAGUGUAAUUCACUUGUCACCUCAGUGCUUUACAGUUUGAAGUGGUCACUUACUGAUGAUUCCCACAAGCCUUAGGCUUUACAGGGUCAUAUCAUUGACUUAAGAUGAAGAAUUAACUCAUGUUACAUCUAUAAAGAGCAAAAUCACACACUCCAGAACUUGCAGUUGUAGCAUUAGUUACACAGUUUUGGGUGUUCUCACCACCCGUGGGAUGCCUGCUUCUCACUACAACCUGUUGUCUGGAUACAUGCUUAUGUCUUUCUUUCCUUUUGGCAUGUAGAAAGCUAUUAAUACAGUUUAUGGCCAAAUUGUGUGUGGCUUCUAUAUGUAGAUAAGAUGUUUUGGUAUUCUUGUCCAUUUUAUUUUUGUAAGUGUAUAAAAAAAUAGCCUGCUAAUUGUUUGUUGAGGGCUACUUUCUGUUUUGGUCUUUGUUCGUUCGUUCGUUUCUAUCCUCUACAUUUAGUUGAACUUUGUGGAAUAGUGGUGUUGGUUUUGUUUAUUCCUCCAGAUUCCCCCUACCCCUUUUGUGAUGGUCUUCCUUCACUCUUUGAAUGUGCUAGUCUUCUAAGUUUGUUUCCUCCUCGUUCUCAUAUAUUCUUCCCUGAACCCUCAACCCUUUCUUUCUUUCUCUCUCUGAUUGAGAGGCAUUGAAUUACGUUUUCAGUAGUACAGGCUUCUUGCCGAUAUGAAGGGAACUUUUCAGAAAGAGACCUACUCUGGGUCAUUUAAUUUUGAAUACAGUUUUCAAUCGUUCAAGUUUUGGAUGGUUUAUAUCUAAUGUGUGUUUCAUUUUUUUGGAAAGCUAUAUUUUGUAUUUAGGAAAUGGUAUACUAUUUUGCUAUUUGUACUGAGUGAGUACAUUGGCAUAAAUAUAGAAAUUUAUAUAUAUACAUAUAUAUAAACUAUUCUUUUUUUGCCACACAUUUUUGUGGUAAAUUUGUGAGUUUGUCUGAUGUUCUACCACAACGUGGCGUCUGAUAACCGUGAGGGGGGGAGGGUUUGUUAUGUCUUUAUUGAGUAUUUAAGUAUCUUUUGAAACAAAUGACCUGUUCAUCCGGUGGCCAUUCCAUCAGGCAGUUCCUUAAUGUUAUUGUGGGCUAAAGGCAACUUACUGUGUGUUUGCUGGAUUUUUCACUCAGCAAAAUGAAGAGUAAGGAAACCCAUAAAGGCAGUGUGUCAAAUGGUGUUUCAUAAGAAUGAGCCAUUCAGUCUUUGCUCACUAUAUAUUUAAUAUUUUAUUAUUGUUAUUAUUAUUAUUAAUUGGCUUUCUGUAUUCUAUGCCUAUUAUUUAUAAAGACACUAAAAAACAUGUUUGUAAUUUUAAUAACAUUUUCCCCAUCUUGUAAUAUCCAGAACUACUUUAUAAAUUCUCUGAACCAAAAGCAUUUUCCUCAAUCUCUCUUCUCUCUCCACCCGUAUUAGGAAAACUUACCCAGUCUAGUUCAGGUUGUGAAAAGGACCAGCCACACAAUCCAGUGCUUCAACUUUAAAGUGUAAAGCUGGCAACUGGGGGUUGUCUCAAAGCUCUCCCAGCCGGUACAAAAACAAGUAGAAGUAAAAUUGUGUUGAAUUGAUUUCUGAGUUUUUCUGAAUUUUUUUCCUAACAGAUUACAGAUGAGACUCUUCACCAAAUUCCAAUCUAAAACAAUGUUAAUACUGCUUUAUGGAUGCAGUGAUUCGAGGAGACUGGCUUGUGUGCUGAGUUCUGUUCUGUUAUUCAGCAAAGGUUUAUCAUUGUCAAAUGCAAGUUGCCAAUGCCAAGUCACCAGGGACCAAUAUUCUGUCUUAUAAUUAAGUUUAGAACAGAACAAACACCUGAACUGUAGUACUGUGAUUGAAUGGAGGCAGAAAACCCAAUUUUUAUUUUCGUAAACUUUGUGGUUAUUUAUACAAGGGCUGUGCUAUGCUACCAUAUUCAUAUUCAGUAAUGAUGGAUUAAAACUUUUUUUUAACAUUGUUAAAUGUCCCUUAUCUCUAAAGGUCAAUGUUAAUUUAAGUACAGCAUUCUUAAUCUACAAUUUGGUUACAAAAAGUAUUUGUCUUCUUAUCGAAGAAUUGCUCAGUGGUCAGUGGUUGAUACAUGUGCUAAUUAAUAAUGCAGUUUCAGAUUACUGUUACAAGUUGUUGCUUUUUUAAAGAAGAGAGUCAGUGAGCCAGCAAAGGCCUUGAAAACAAUUUUUUAUCUAUUUAUGGCAGAAAGACUAAAUUAUGAACCACAUUUUAUUACUUUACACUGUUACACUCUUGCUUUUAGCAACUCACAUUAAUGCUUGGAGCUUAUCUCUAUGUAUUUCUUUAUUGUCAUUCCAUUUUAUAACAAUACCAACAAUAGGGGAAGAUAAAAUUAUAAGUCAUUUUGUUUCCAAGCUUUUUCAUGUUGUGUUUGUAAUAAGACUAUCAUGUCAUUAUUUAGCCAAUGUAAAUCUGUUUUUAUUAGUCACUCUGGGGCAGGUUGUUUAAAGGCUUUGUUUAUUAUAGAUGCAGUGUUAAUAAGGGACUUCCUUGCUUUCCUUCCUCCAUUCCUUCUUCCUUGCCUCUCUUUUUUUUUUUUAACUACUGUAUAUGCUGUAGUUGGGAAUUUUAUUAUAGUGUAUUUUUCACCCAUCAGAACAUCAAUUUAUGUGCCUAGGAAAAAUGGUGUCAAAGGAAAUGUGAGAGAAGUUCUAUCUGAGCCCUUAUAGAACUAAGAUAAUGAUUCCUUUUGACCAUUUAAGCCAUUAUAAAUGCUUGUUUUCCAAAUGUGAAAUCUGUUCAGAGACAUCAAUAAUUAAAUACCAGAUUAAAUGCUUUAAUGAUCAGCUUUGAAUUCAACGUGGUUUAUAAAUAUUCACUAGAAAUAAUUUCAGAGUGCUCAUAUUUCUGAUGAAAUUUAUGUUUUAAUUGUUUCCUGGUAUUUUUGUAAUUGAAAGAUUGUUUGGAACCUCUUUAUUCUGCUUCAUGACCAUAGACUGUACAAUUUAGUGACUAUUGUUGGAAUAACUUCAAAUUUAUACCCUAAUAAAUGGGUUGGCAGAAUAAACAUUUAUAGAAAAGAGGAUUGGGGGCUGGAUUGGUACAGUAGGUAGGGUGCUUGCUGUGCGCAAGCCAACCUGGGUUUGAUCCUCAGCACCCCCUGUGGUCCCCCAUCCCCACAGGAGUGAUUCCUGCGCAGAGCCCGAGCACCACUGGGUGUGGCCCAAAAAUCAAACAGUAAAUAAAUAAAUAAGUAGGGGAUUUCUCCUCUGCCUGUUUAUAUCACUAGGGCUGAGUCAGAGAGCUUAUGUUUAUAAUUGCAAUCAAUAUUAAAAUACAAUAUCAUUUGUGAAUUGCCCCAGUGCCCUAAUUCUUAAGUCAUUUAUUUUAAGCUAUUUUGCCUCAUAUAUUAAUAAAUUCUAUUUUUCCCCCCCACUUUGUCCUCUAGGAAAUAUUUUUAAUUACUAUUUUAUAUCUGAAUGCUUAUGGAAAAGUGCCUUUUUUUAACCAGGAUAAUGCCCCUUUCUUAUAAUUUCCUUUUCUGCUGUUGUAUUGCCAAAACACAAAAACAAGUGGUUUUAAAAAGCUCUGACUUUAUAUUUUUCUAUUUUAUCUUUCAUUUUUUCAUCUCUUGAUUACUUUUAGAAAACAACUUCGGUUUCUAACUCCCUUUGGUAUACAAAUAUUAGAAAAGCUACCUGUUAGAACUGUUCCUUUAAGCCAGGGUAAUUAAGAGAUUCCAGAAUUAGGGGUCACAGAAUUAAGGCACUGCCUUGCAUGUGGCCCGUCCCAGUUUUAUCCCUGGUACCAUAUAAGUUCCUGAACACUGCCAGGUAUGCCCUCCCCCCACCUCAAUCACACACAAAACUACAGAAUUAUACUGCUUAGGCUUUAUUAAAUGUAUCUUCAUUUCAGCCAAUUAAUGAUCAUUUUUAUUUCACUGCCAGUGAAAUUUAUACUGUAUUUCAAAGUCCAUGGACACAUAUAUGUAAUUAAAUGUCAGGAAGUGUUUGAAGCCUCUUCUGAUGGAAAUAAAUUACUUAGCAACACAUAAUUUCAGUGUAGUAGCAUCAGUUUUUCUAAUUGGACAGGGCUAAGUAAUUCAUUAUAAUGUACUUGUCAGAACUUCAGUUAGUCUGCCUUGGAAAAAUAAUGUCCAAGGAAAUGAAGAUAAUACAUGAGUCCCCAGAAAACUAAGAAUUCCUUGUAGCCAUUUAUUGUUGGAUUGACAAUUCCCUUGUUUUGUUUGUUUGUUUGUUUGUUUUAUCAAGUCUGCCUGUGUUCCCAGCUUUAUAACAUGAUGGAGGGUACUAUGAAGAGAGGACCAGCAGCGUCAGGUUAGGGCAGUCCAAGCUAGAGAGUGGCCUUCCCUGUGCGAGUAUUUCCUGACUGUAGUGGCACUGAAGAUACAGACCUUUAUGCAAUAUCCCUAAUACACUAUUGGUAUUAAUGCACUUUACUCAAUGCAGAGAAGUCAAGAACGCUGUGUAGUGGUAAUUCCUUCUUAGUACAUCUUAACUGUUUAUGAUAUUUAUGUUGCUUUUUACUUUGGUUAGCCAACUUCGUUUACUGUUAAUGACUAUUUUCUAAAAUGACUAUAUUGUAGGUCUUAAUUAACACUUUAUUUUUUUUAAUGUAGGUUUCAACACUUUAAAGUCUAAUUGGCUAUCAAGAAAAAUGAUCAUAUUUCAGCAGAUCGAUUUAGACAUGUUAAAAUGUUAAAACACCUUACUGAGUUACAUGUUUGAGAGUGAAGCCAGCCAGCCCUCUUCCUGUGUUUUGUGUAGAAAUAUAUGGUAUAAUUUUCUCUAUAUAUACUAUAUAGAAAUCAGUGAUUCUUAAAGUAUGACUCCUCAGCCUACCAGCCAACAUCAGUACACUUAUAAGUGUUUAUUUAUAAAUGUAAAUACUUGAGCCCUAUCCCAAGCAUACUGAAUCAGAUACUUUGGAAUAAAGGCUAAGCAAUCGUCUUAAGCCUUCCAGAUGAUUCUAAUGCACAUUCAAGUUUAGGAGCUAGUAUAAAUGAUAUAAAUUUAGUAAGAUCUAGAAAGUUUUUCUACUCUCUCUAUAUAUAGAUGCCAGUAUAUAUUAUUCUUUAUGUAAAUUCAGCUUGACUUGGUUACCCAUAAUCACUUAUUGGCAGUAACAGUUUAUUCUUAGAAUUGCCUAUAGAAAUAUAUUUUUAAGUACACACACAAAUUACUGAUAAUUUGGUUAACUUAGUUUGGCAUUUCCCUACCAUUUACUAAAAAGUUUACAUUAAAUGGCUGAUUUAAAUAUGUAAGUGCAAUAUACAAUAUUUCUUUGAAUUCUUAUGAUAUUUAAGUAGCUAAUAUUACUGAUGGGUGCUAAAGCCUCCUGUUUAUCCCUAAAAUUGGUAUAUCGUGGGCAGUGAUAAUAUAAACUUUCCAUUCAUUGCCUCUUACCAGCAGACCACAGUUUUGCUCUGACUAGACCAACUCUCUGAACUAAAUUAUUUACCCUUUCUUGUACUCCUAUGUACAUCUGAGAUACCAAAUAAAAUGGCUAGUCAGGUCAGAAAAGCAGAAAUUAUUUUUUUAACAGAUAAAACUUAUUUUAGAACUGGAGCAAUAGUAAGUACAGCAGGUAGCGUGCUUGCCUUGCAUGUGUCAGGCCUGGAUUCGAUCCCUGAUGCUCCAUUUGGUUCCCUGAGAUCUGCCAGGUGUGAUUCUUGAUCAAAGAGCCAGGAGUAAUCCCUGAGCACUCCCAGGUUUGGCCCAAAAGUAACAAAAAAUUAAAAAAGUACAAGAGCUACUUUUGGAACUUAUGCUUGAGACAUAUUGUUUACUAAAAUAAAUUUUAAGAAAACAGUACAUAUAUAAUUGGGUUUUAUUCCCUUCCCAAUUACAAACUAACCACAAGAUAAGUACAUUUAUUCAUUUUAAUCUCCCUAUAUAAUUCAGUACCUAUAUAAUUGUUCCAAUCUUCCUACCACUGUUUACAGAUCAUCAGUUAACUCAUGAAAGAUUAUGCACAUUUCAAAAUAAAAUGUGCGCUAUAUAAAAAUCACUGCUUUCUUUACUUAAAACUAGCAGUGGAAAUAUAAGUGGCUUACUCUACAAACUUUGGUGCUGGCUAAUAGGUAAAUUGUCGGGAGAUGCUUUAGCUACAUUAUUUCCUUCUUACUCCCUCUCCCCACACCUCCACCUUAUUGAAUAUUAUAUACUUAAAUCCAAAGCAUUCUAUCACAAUUAUGUUUGAUUUCAAUUUGUUAAUGUCUUUUUUUUUUUCCCCCAGUGUCAGGAAUCAAACCCAGGGUUUCAUACAUACAAAACGUGCUCUACCACUGAGUGACAUCGGUGCAUUUCCAGCCUUAUAAUAUCUCCUUUUAAAGCCCCAUAUAUAGGGGUCAGAGUGAUAUGAUAGUACAGCAGGUAGGGCAUUUGCCUUGUGCAUGGCCGACCCGGGUUCAAUCCCUGGCAUCUCAUAUGGUCCCCCAAGCACCGCCAGGAGGAAUUCCUGAGUGCAGAGCCAGGAGUAACUCCUGAGCAUCUCUGGGUGUGGCCCAAAAACCAGUGGAAAAAAAACCAAUAUGUUUAACCAUAUCAUCCUACUCUUUUUUUUUUUUUUUAGAAGAAAUUUUCCUGGUUUGAAAUCAUUUAUAGGGAUUCCUUAUUAUUAAUGAAUCUCAGGACAACACAACACAAACAUACAUCCAGCAUAUCAGAUGUUUGAGAGUGGGUUUGGAAUCAGGCGAAUGUCCUACACUGAAGUGUUCAUGACUCUAACAGCUACACACUGAUUCCAGUGACCUUGAGCUGAGUCUUUGGAUCGAAUGAAUGUAUCUGCUCACCUUGUUCCUUCUAAUUGAUAAGCUCCAAGUAAUUGCUUACUUCUAGACAUUUAUUUUCGUUUAGUCUUUUCUUAUACUAUAAAUGUUAACCUAUUUUCAAGUGGUUUAUCUGUCAUUUUGCCAUUUAAAUUUUGUAUUUAGUUUCAUUUGCUUGAGCACACUGAUCAACCACUGACCUGCCUUCUUCCAUUGUUCUGCAAUGACAUAAAGGUCACAUUUUUGUGUAUAUGGCUUUCAUAGUUGAGAUUCAGAGCACUGACACCAGAUACUUUCAGUUUGUUCUUUGGGGGAAUUUAAUUUGCAUAUAUGUUUUUAGCUAUCUGUGAUAACUUGUUAAAUAUUAAAAAGAUAUUUUGCUUCUAUCAGAACAUUUGUAUACUCGCAAUAUAUUUCUGUAAACAGCUGCAGUCAAAAAUAAACAUUGAAAGUUUUCA